UUGGCUCUGCUUCCAUGAACAACCACAGUAGUCGCUCACACAGUGUGCUGACUGUACACGUGCAUGGUGAAGAUACAUCUGGAAACAUAAUCCAUAGUUGCCUACAUUUGGUGGAUCUUGCUGGUAGUGAACGAGUUGACAAGUCGGAAGUUACUGGCGACGGCGUCAAAGAGGCACAACAUAUUAACAAGUCUCUCUCUUGGUUGGGUGAUGUGAUCACAGCAUUGGCACAGAAGAACUCCCACAUCCCUUAUAGAAACAGCAAACUCACUUUACUCUUGCAGAACUUUUUAGGUUUGUGCAAUUAG